CCGUUUUGUGUAUUUCUAGGGUGUCCGGUUCAAGGCGCCUGGCGCAACAGCCGCAACUGCAACACAAUGGCUGUUAGUCAGAAACUUAGGUAGAGCCCUGCGGGCGGUGCCUGAUCUACCUGACACUCUUGUGCAGGUAAACACAAAUUGAAGUGCGUGGGCGACGGUCGGCGAGUGGGUGACAUUCCUGGAAAGCCCAGGGAAAGCACCACAUACAAUUGAAUGAAUCGAACUGGAAGAGAUAUUGAGUCAGUCUUCAAUUGCAAGUGUAGCGAACAGGUCGUGCUAAACAAGGAAAAACCAUGGAGCAUCCACACAACCCAUACAAAAUGUUCGCACACACCAGUGACAAAACAUUGCCGAAUGUUAAAUGAAAUAAUCACAAUUCGAAUCAAUUGCAGCCCUCAAGACAUUGAGGCGAGCGCCUGCUUCAGAAGAGGCACCUAUAUCGAGCUAUCGACAGGCGUGUUGCGCCGCGUGGAGGACAUACGCACCGAGGAUUUCAUUCAGUCGGCUCUGCGUUGUCAGCAAUUCGACCUCAAGGAGGCAACGGUGGUCAAGAUAGACAGGAGCUCAGCACAUAUGAACAAGAUUACGUUUAGCUAUGAUAUGCAGCAUUUGAAGGUCACCAUGGAGGUGGCAUCGGCCCAUCCGUUAUUUGUAUAUGGCCAGGGCUGGGCAUCGUGCAACCCGCAAUUGAGCUUUGAUCUUUACGAGCUAAAGUGCCAGCAAUUGCAAGUCGGUGACAUUUGCCUUUCGUUGGUGGAGCGUGAGCAGCCACCACCGCCACCGGUGGAAGCUCUGGAUCUUCAGCCUGUUCCACUAUCGGAAUACCAGUGGACAAAUUGUCAAUCUGCAGCACUGCCCCGACAUCCUUAUCAAGUGUAUGCGGAGAUGGCAAAUCUUGUGGCAGCCUAUACACAACAUUUGAUUGGCAAAAUGGCAAAUUGACAAAUUAAUUCACUUAAUUCAUUUUUUAU